AUGUGGGUGCAGGGCAAGGUCCCACGCUGGGACACGGGUGCUGUGAUGGGAUCCAGCACCGGGAAGCGGGUCCCACACCUGGAUGUGCUGGAGCGCUCCCGGGAUGUGGUGGACGAGGUCAGCGUCUCCCUGCGCCUCUGGGACACAUUUGGGGACCACCACAAGGACCGGCGCUUCGCCUACGGCAGGUCGGAUGUGGUUGUCCUCUGCUUCUCGCUGGCGAACCCAAACUCCCUGCGCCACGUGAAGACAAUGUGGUACCCUGAGAUCAAGCACUUCUGUCCCCGGACGCCCAUUGUGCUGGUGGGCUGCCAGCUGGACCUGCGCUACGCUGACCUGGAGGCCGUCAACCGUGCCCGCCGCCCCUUGGCCAAGCCCAUCAAGCCCACAGACAUCCUGCCCCCAGAGCGGGGACACGAGGUGGCCAAGGAGCUGGGUGUGCCCUACUACGAGACCAGCGUGGUGGCCCAGUUCGGCAUCAAGGACGUCUUCGACAACGCCAUCCGGGCCGCCCUCAUCUCCCGCCGGCACCUCCAGUUCUGGAAGUCCCACCUGAAGAAGAUGCAGCGGCCUCUGCUGCAGGCCCCCUUCCUGCCCCCCAAGCCCCCACCACCCGUCAUCCAGGUCCCCGACCCCCCGGCCAGCCGCGGCUGGGGCCCCGCCGCCCUCUUCUGCACCCCGCUCUGCGCCGACGUCGUCUUCCAGCUGCAGGGUGGCCAGCGGGUCUUUGCCCACCGCGUCUACCUGGCCACCUCCUGCUCCAAGUUCUACGACCUCUUCACCCUGGAGGGGCCGCGGGGGGCAUCCAAGGAGCCGGCCGCCCGCACCAAGAGCCUGGACGGGGAGCGGGGUGUCCUGGCUGAGGGGGCACGUGCCCCGCUGCGGACUUCGCAGAGCGACGAUGCCCUGCGGCCGGCGGCGGGGGACGGCACGGCACCUGGUGGCGGUGGCAGCCACGACCUGUCGGCCUGGGGCCGUGGCUUCGUCAGCAUGCGCUGGGAGCUGGUGGCUGACCCGGUGGCAGGGCGGGAGAAGCGGAUGGCGGUGGUGUGCAUGGACCAGCGGGUGCAGGCGGAGCCCUUCCGCGCCGUGCUGGAGUACCUCUACACCGGGCGGCUGGACCAGACCCGCAGCGACCUGAUGCAGGUGGCCACCAUUGCUGAGCUUCUGGAGGUCUUCGACCUGCGCAUGAUGGUGGCCAACGUGCUCAACAAGGAGAGCUUCAUGAACCAGGAGAUCACCAAGGCCUUCCAUGUGCGCCGCGCCAACCGCAUCAAGGAGUGCCUGGGGAAGGGGGUCUUCGCAGAUGUGGUUUUCCGUGUGGAUGAUGGGUCCGUGCCGGCGCACAAACCCCUGCUCAUCGCCGGCUGCGACUGGAUGAUGGCCAUGUUCCGGGGGGCUUUCCGGGAGAGCUACGCUGCCGAGGUCUCCCUGCCCGGCACCAACUGCGCCUGCCUGCGCGCUGUCCUCGACUUCCUCUACACCGGCGUCUUCACCCCCACGCCCGACCUGGAUGCCAUGGAGCUCCUCAUCCUCACCAACCGCCUCUGCCUGCCCCGGCUGCAGAGAUGGUGGGGGGCGGGGGGGGGGGUGUUGCCGUGCCACCCUCUGACGCCACCGGUGUGCCGUGUCCCCACAGAGAACCAGGCGCACUUCGAGCGGCACCGCUGGCCGCCGGUGUGGUACCUGAAGGAGGAGGACCUGUACCUGCGCUCCAAGAAGGAGCGGGAGCGGGAGGAGCAGCUGCAGCGCAAGCAGCACACCCGCAGCAAGUGGUGCUUCUGGCGGCCAUCGCCCCACGUCUCCUGA